GUUGCAUGUGCAUGUCGACCGUUUCCAUGGGCUUGACCGUUUCCUGGGCCGUGGUGGUCAGCUGACAUGUGGGUGUGGCGCCACACCACACGAUGACUAUAAAUUCGAUCUCACUUUGGAUCGGUUACAGAUCAAAGUUUUUGCGGCGUCUAAAAAUGGCAAAUGUCGGGAAGACAAUACGAUGCAGAGCUGCCGUGGCGUGGGAGGCUGGGAAACCUCUCUCCAUGGAGGAGGUGGAAGUGGCUCCACCGCAGGCUGGAGAAGUCCGUGUUAAGAUUGUGGCCACGGGGAUCUGCCACACUGACGCCUACACCCUGAGCGGCUCUGACCCCGAGGGCGUGUUCCCCUCCGUUCUGGGACACGAGGGUGCUGGGAUCGUCGAGAGUGUUGGCGAGGGAGUGACAAAGUUCAAAUCAGGUGAUGCAGUGAUCCCCCUCUACGUCCCGCAGUGUGGAGAGUGCAAGUUCUGCAAGAAUCCCAAAACUAACUUGUGUCAAAAGAUCAGGCUGACACAAGGCAAAGGCCUAAUGCCCAACGGGACCUCGCGCUUCUCAUGCAACGGCCAGAGCCUGUUCCACUUCAUGGGUUGCAGCACCUUUUCAGAGUACACCGUCGUGGCUGACAUAUCUCUUGCCAAAGUGCAUGAGAAGGCCCCUCUGGAUAAGGUUUGCCUGCUGGGCUGUGCCAUUUCUACCGGCUACGGAGCCGCUCUCAACACUGCCAAGGUGGAGGCGGGAUCGACCUGUGCUGUUUUCGGUCUCGGCGCUCUGGGUCUUGCAGUCAUCAUGGGGUGCCAGGCGGCCGGGGCUGGCCGAAUCAUCGCCAUUGAUGUCAACCCAGAUAAAUUCCGUAUCGCUAAAGAGUUCGGUGCCACUGAUCUGGUGAACCCUAAAGAUCACAGCAAGCCCGUCGAGCAGGUCCUGGUGGAGAUGACAGACGGCGGGGUUGACUACUCUUUUGAGUGUGUAGGAAACACAGCGAUCAUGAGAGCAGCCCUUGAAGCCUGUCAUAAAGGCUGGGGUACCAGUGUGAUCAUCGGGGUGGCGGCCGCAGGGCAGGAGAUCUCCACACGCCCCUUCCAGCUGGUUACUGGGCGCACAUGGAAAGGCACAGCAUUUGGAGGGUAUAAGAGUGUUGAAAGCGUCCCAAAACUCGUUGAAGAAUAUAUGAACAAAAAGUUGAAGGUGGAUGAAUUUGUGACCCACACUCUGCCCUUUGAGAAGAUCCAUGAGGGUUUUGAUCUCAUGGGUGCUGGGAAAUGUAUUCGUGUCGUACUCAACUACUAGAUACACCGAAGGCCACAACACCAUUUUACCUAAUGAUGGAAGGAACAUUUUAUGAAUUUCCUAGAGGAUUUGAAGACAUUAAAAUAUGAAUUAAAUUGGAAUGUUAUGCCGA